AUGGGGAGCCUUGGUAGUUUAAAGGAGGAAGAUGUAAAGGGAGGAACAGAAAGGAUAUUACUUAAACUUAAAAAUGAAAAAAUAAAUGAGGAUAUAUUAAAAAGAACGAUAAAAGAAUAUGAAGAAACAUUAGAUGUUUUAUCUGUAUUAACAAAAAAAUUAAAUUAUAAAAUUAUGAUUCCAUUUUCAAAAAUGGCAUUUUUUGAAGGGGAAGUAAAAUAUACAAACAAUAUUUACCAGGACAUUGGAUGUAAUACAUAUUGUGAAAGAACAUCAUAUCAAGCAUAUGAAUUUUUAAAAAAAAAAUUAACCUUUUAUCAAGAUAAAUAUAAAAUUGUUUCAAACUCUAUAAAUAAAUUAACAAAGGAACUUGAAUUAUCUCUUGAACUUACACAUACAAUGAAGUUAGAAAGUCAAGGAAAUAAAAAUAACUCCUUUAUAAGACCAGAUGGCUUUUUAGAAAUCCGAGAGGAAUAUAAUGAAAGUGAUGAGGGUGAACAAGAAAGUUCUUACAAUCCCAACAAUGCAAGUACAAAUUUAUCAGAAAACCAAAGCAAGGUUGUUCCUAAAAAUGAACUAAACCCUGAUAAAAUUAAAAGAGAAGAUACAGAAGUGAGUCAUACAAAUGUUGAAAGUAAAAAAGUUAUAACGCCCAAAAGUUUGAAUGUAAAUAAACAGGGACUCCUCAACAUAUCCGAGAGAUACGAAAGUAGUGGGAGCAGCAGCCGAAGUAGCAGCAAUGCAAGUGUUAGAAGCCAAGGAAAAAAUACCAACACUGGUGAAGCGUAA